AUGGAAAAGCGUUCCGAGACGGAAAAAGAGUCGAUGAUUCACUUCAAAGAAGCUGCCAGAAUCGACAGCGAAACUGCGAAACGGGAAUUGACCUCGAUAUCGCAAGAUGACUACAGCCUCUACGGGUCACACAAACAUAACCACCCGACAUGGAGCAAGGAAGGUCAGUCCCGAUAUGAGAAUCGACACGGAAUCCGCUAUGAGAAACGAAUGGACAAACUUCGUGAGGUCUCCCAGGAGAUUAAACACGAACCAUACUGGGUGAAAGAACCAUACUACGGCAAAUACGAUAAAGGCAGUGAAAACGAAGACGAAUUCAAACGAAAUGAUUUAUACAAGCAAUAUGAAAUGUAUGCAGACAAGUUCAACAACAAGUACGGUUCCAACGAUUUCGAUAACGACUAUGGAUAUGGUUCCAGCGAUUACUUCUAUGAUUCAGAGAACAACUACGGCUCUAAUGAUCACGAGUACGGAUAUGGACAUGAGGAUUAUGGUCACAAUGAUAAAUAUGAUAAUACUUAUAAUAACCAAUAUGCCCACCAGGACAGGUACGAUGACAACUACGGUCGAGCGCGACAGCACGCCAACAACAACUAUGACAACACUUAUGAUGAUUACAGAUUCGGAUACGACAAAUUCCGUGGACAUCGUGCAGACAGAUACGAUAACCGUUACGAUGUGGAUCAUUAUGACAACUACGGGAAAUAUGAUGACAAAUAUCAUCAAGACAAAUAUGACCGAUUGUACGAACACAAGGAUAGGUAUGGUGACCGAUUCACCCGUUAUGGCAAACACGGUGACAAAUACGACAACACUUAUGAUGAUUACAGAUUCGGAUACGACAAAUUCCGUGGACAUCGUGCAGACAGAUACGAUAACCGUUACGAUGUGGAUCAUUAUGACAACUACGGGAAAUAUGAUGACAAAUAUCAUCAAGACAAAUAUGACCGAUUGUACGAACACAAGGAUAGGUAUGGUGACCGAUUCACCCGUUAUGGCAAACACGGUGACAAAUACGACAACACUUAUGAUGAUUACAGAUUCGGAUACGACAAAUUCCGUGGACAUCGUGCAGACAGAUACGAUAACCGUUACGAUGUGGAUCAUUAUGACAACUACGGGAAAUAUGAUGACAAAUAUCAUCAAGACAAAUAUGACCGAUUGUACGAACACAAGGAUAGAUUCGGAUACGACAAAUUCCGUGGACAUCGUGCAGACAGAUACGAUAACCGUUACGAUGUGGAUCAUUAUGACAACUACGGGAAAUAUGAUGACAAAUAUCAUCAAGACAAAUAUGACCGAUUGUACGAACACAAGGAUAGGUAUGGUGACCGAUUCACCCGUUAUGGCAAACACGGUGACAAAUACGACAACACUUAUGAUGAUUACAGAUUCGGAUACGACAAAUUCCGUGGACAUCGUGCAGACAGAUACGAUAACCGUUACGAUGUGGAUCAUUAUGACAACUACGGGAAAUAUGAUGACAAAUAUCAUCAAGACAAAUAUGACCGAUUGUACGAACACAAGGAUAGGUAUGGUGACCGAUUCACCCGUUAUGGCAAACACGGUGACAAAUACGACAACACUUAUGAUGAUUACAGAUUCGGAUACGACAAAUUCCGUGGACAUCGUGCAGACAGAUACGAUAACCGUUACGAUGUGGAUCAUUAUGACAACUACGGGAAAUAUGAUGACAAAUAUCAUCAAGACAAAUAUGACCGAUUGUACGAACACAAGGAUAGGUAUGGUGACCGAUUCACCCGUUCUGGCAAAUACGGUGACAAAUACGACGACAGUUACUAUAAUAGGUACGAUGAUCGAAAAUUGUAUAAAUUCGGAGAUCGAUACGAUGAAAAGUACGACGACCGGAAAUUGUACAACUCUGAUUACAAAUAUGAUGACAAAGAGAAUCUGCACGACCACGGCUACGCUAGCGACUACAGUGACAAUUAUCAGAGCACAUAUUAA